UAUCCUAGAGUUAAUGAUGAUAAUUUGAAAAGUUUAUAUCCUGGUGAUGAAGUUUACAUAUUUGAGAUAACUAGUAAUAAUAAAUGGGGAAGAGGUUAUGCAGUAACCUUACCAUUUCCAAAUGAUUUCAGCAUUACUUCAGUUAAACUUGAUGAGAUUCCGACUCAAAAUAUUUCUGCUUCAGUAUUUCCAAUGAAUUGCGUUAAAAUAUUAGAGAAAAUACCAUUUUCAUCGGAAGUUCAUAAGGCCAAAACCCAUGCUCUGGAUACCAGCAAAUCAGUUGAGAUGCGUAUGCCACUAUUUCCCAUAAAAGCUGUAAACGAAACCAAUUGCUUUAUAAAAGUGAUUAAGGAUGCAAUUGAGUUGUUGACAUCACAUAUAUUUACGUUUUAUUCAAUUGGAAAGUUUCACUUAUUUUAUGAAUUAUCGCUGAUAUAUUAUGAUUUGUAUGAAUUAAGAUUUAAAUUACUUCAUGAUAUCUUAACAUUAAGAGAAACUAAAAUGGCAAAAAGCUCCGUGAUCCACUUAUUGAAUAAAAUUCCCAAGGUUCUCGCUUCGGAAUAUGAGGGAUUGUCAUUCCUGCUGAAUGGUUCUAGUAAAGAAAAUAUUGAUACUUAUGGAUAUAAUGCUAUACUACCCAGAGAUAUAUUGACAGGUGACCUUCUCUCGUAUUCUAAUUCUAUUCCUCUGAAAAUCGCGUUCGAUCAGCUACUAUGUUGCCUUCCUCCGGAGAAUCUCACUAAUAUGCAUCUUGAGGAACCCGGAUUUACUUUAACCACUAAAUCCAAGAAGAUUUAUUCUCAAAAAUUGCAAUAUGAUGUGUUAUUAGAUUUGAAAUCUUUUCAAGCUUGCUCAAAUUCUCAUUCUACCACAUAUAUAGGGAUCAUAAUAUAUUUCUAUAUUUGCUGUAACAGAGACAGAAUAACGGAAACUUUUGCAGUUAGAGUUAAUCAUCCAUCCUCAAAAAAUGAUCUUGAAACAAUGAAUACUGCAUUAUUUAAGAAUCUUCUAUUAAAUGAAAAUUCAGGAAAUGUUUAUUUGGUAGCACAGGUGGUAGAGGAAAUUGAUUUGAGCGUUAGGGGUUUGAACAAGAACUCACUGCUUGAUAAAAGCAGGCAGAGGGUAGCUGUUGGAGUAGCCGAUAUUAGCAAACUAUUUUCCAAUGAAGCAAUGGAAUCAUCAUACGAAAAUUUAGUACACAUGCAACUUUUUGAACCAUCUAUUGAUCCUGUUGUCGAAUUCGAACACGAUCAAGUUGAUAAUGGUGUUGAAAAUGGAUGGGGUAAAAUGGUGGAUAUAAUACCUGAAGGACCAGAUACCGAUAAUACAUUUAGCCUGAAAUUUAAAGGACUAGCUGUAAGUUUGAGAUGCAUUAAACAUCAAUUCGAACUAGAUAUGAAUAGCACACUGAAUAGAAUUCCAAAUAUUCAACCAAUUCAUUUCUAUCCGUUAGGAGAAUAUGAAUGCCUUUACCUAAUAAUGGGUGAGAUUUCUUUAGUGGAGAACGCCCAAAAGAAUGCUUUAUUGACAAUGAAAGUAAGCGCUCCAGAAGGAGAUUUAGUUUUUGGAAAUGGAAGCGAGAAUUGUGUGAGAGAUUGGCAAUUUGUGAGUACUGGUACAAAUAAAUAUAUAGGAGAGAUUUUGAGAAUCAAUGGAUUUUCUCCAGAAAGCGUUAAAAGACACGAGUACGUUCUAUUCUCUUUAUAUGUUAAUGGCGAGCUCACUGCAGAAAGUACAUUUCUGUUCAAGACUGGAAGUGGUCUAAUUUUAAAUGAUACCGAAAACUGUUCAGUUGAACUAUUUUCUAUCAUCGAUAAUUCGACCAUUGCGAAUAUCCACAUAUCUACAUUUUAUGUCGGUAAAGUUCUUAACUCAGAUAUUAAUGUUAAUAAUGUACUUCAAUAUGAAGAUUAUUUCAAAAAUGGAGAUAUGGGAAUUCGUCAAUUGUUAACGAAGCUUGUUGAAUUCCACCAAAUAGAAUUACAUCAAUUGGUUAGGUAUUUUGAUGAAUUAUUGAAAGCAUUAUUUUCGAUUGCUGAUAUUUCCACGAAGCAACCACAAUCUGAAACUCAGCAGAGCUUGAAAAGUUCUACCUUUAGUGCAAUUGUCUAUAUGCUAGAUACUGUUUUCAAGAAUGAUAGCUUUUCAUACUUAGUUGCGAUUUUUACAGGCAGAAACACUUGUUUACCACCAAUUGGGACGUUCAUCAUGGAAAAUAUUUCGAAGAUUUUAUUUCAAGCAGAAACGAAUUGGACAACAACUUCUAUUCGAGUUUGUAGAAUAGUUUCUAUUCUUAUGAAUUUUGCCAUAAAAUCUGAUAAUUCACCAGAUCUUGAUGAAUAUUUAAAAACUUUGGGAAAUAUAAGCGAGUCAGGUGCAUACUUCCUUUCUUUGAAAUCUGAUUCCUACAUUGAUAGUCAAGUACUGAUUAUUGGUUCACUUCAUGAUAUUUUAUCUGAUGAUAUUAACAUAGAUGAUAUCGAAACUAUGAAAUUGAUUGUGAUAUUUAUAGAUUCAAUUGGUGUCAAAGGGUUAGGAAUUGAUGAUGUUUUAUACAUAACCAACAAAGUUUACAUUAGCAACAAAAAUUCUAAGACGGAGAAUGCCCAUAGGGUUAUUAUCAGUAAGUUGCUAUUAAUUCAUCGCUUAUUUUUUACGAAGAUCAUAGAAGAACCCAUAACAUGUAAAAUUUUACUCACAAAAUCAGUCGAAUGGGCCAUGGAAGUCCUACAAGGGCAAACAGAUGUUGCUGCGUCAAGAAUAGCCUGCAGUAUAUUAAAUUGUGUUUGUACGCUCCUAUGGAAGGUAGCCACUAAAGAGAAUCAAGAAGAAAUUACAUUAUGCCAUUCGUUGGGCAAAUUACUUCCUAGUAUCUCAAGGGCAAUAAUUAAGUACGAGAGGUUUACAAGAGAAAAUGGGUUUUACAAACCUAAACAUAAAUUCGGACUUUUAUUUCCAAGCGAAUAUCCAUUCAUAGAAGCCCCAGUUGAUCCAAUCAUUAAGGAGGAGGUUCUCGUAGAAAUUCAGGUCGAAUUGUCAACUAUUUUUUGUUUUAUUGCAAGAAUUGGAAAAACAGUUAGUGGAGAUGGUGGGUUUGAAGCUAUUUUAAGAGCAGAGAAUGAGGCAGACUUUUUUGAUUCUUCAAAGUAUUUGCUUGAUGAUUUCCAAAGUAAGGACCUUAUUGAUUUACUCUUCGCUGUUAAUAUUAUAAGAAGAGGAAAAUUCAUACCAAACAGUAAAUGGUUAUCGCUAUAUUCUUUAUUGAUUGAAGGCUGCGUAGUUUCUUUAGAACUUAUAAAGCCUCUUCUUCAUGCUUAUUUUAUUCCGUCUUUUGAAAGCCAAAAAAAUUUUAAUAUAAUCAUUUGGGGUAAUUUUCUUAAGUCUCUAUUACAGUUGGCUGUUGCUACCCCAAUUUCGAUUGAAUACUUACCAAAGACUCCUAAACAAGCAUGUUAUCAAAUAACCGGUGAAAUUCGAGAUAAAAUUGCUUCCAUGCUUUAUGAAUCUUGGAAUUUAUUAGGAAUGGAUACUGAUGAAGAAGUUUUCAAGACAUUCCAUAUUAGUCGAUUAGGAGGUUAUCAGAUGAAGUUCAUAAAUACACAGUACUGUGUUUUGCAUGAUUUAAUGUUAUUUGCUUUGCAAAAUAAUUCAGAGUGUCAAGCGGUCGCUGCUAAAUUAUUGUGGUCCAUUACAGUCACGUAUUUUAUUGAGAAGAAGUCAAUUAUUGAUGUUGAAAGACAGUCUCUCCUUGGAUUACGAGAUAUUUAUUAUAAUAAUGUAUAUAAGCCAGGUUCAUUGGAGCAACAGAAAUUUAUGGAAGGAUUGAAACAGAUCAUUACAGUAGGAUGUGAAAGUGAAGCUAUUGAG